UGAAGAGUUUAAAUGUGCUUAUGGUAGAGGUGUUAAGAUCAGUCUUGGAAUGUUACAUAUAUCUUGAGUUUAAUUUCAAUCAUACCUAAACCAGAUUGUUUGUAUUAACUCAACAGCAAUAGGAAGGAAGUGGCUCUGGCUCCGCCCACUGAACAAACAUCAAUUUCAAGUCAACUGGCCACAAUUGUAAAGAGAGUAAGUUCGGACUGUAUUGAAGCAUAAGCGCAAUGCUUUUGCAGGGUGAAGUUCUAGGAAGCCAGUAGGUGAGAUUCUGCUAUCCAAGAUAUCCAAUACUUCAUAGUGCAUCUUUUCAAAAAGCACAGUGAGACCCCAUUUCAUGAAGCAGAUCCAAACAUGACCGUUGAGUACAGUUCCUCUACAGUGACAAACAUGGAUAUGGACAACAACAAAGUUGGCUAUAGCCAAUUCUUUGAAGAUGGCAGCAAGCUUAGGCAUUCAGUUUAUGCUUUGAGGAACAGACCUUUCAAGCUUGCUACAGUCUGUCUCGGGCUGCUGUGCGUUCUCCUGUUGGCUGUGGUCAUUGGUCAGAGUGUCCACUACAAAAAAGCAGAGCAAAACCAUCAGAACAACUUAACAGCCAUGAGUAACGAGAGAGAGAAGCUGCAGGAGAACAUGAAGACGAUGCGAAAUGAAAAAAAAAACCUUGAGAUGAAGCGCAAUGACUUACAGCAAAAAAAUGAUUUCCUAUCUAAAAGAAAAGUUGAGCUACAGAUCAAUAACAAUAUAUUGACCAGAGAAAGCAGCAGUCUAAAACAAAGCCAAACCGAGUUAAAGGCCAAUAACGAUGCUUCCAUCAAAGAGGUAGAACAGCUUAAAGCCAGUAAAGAACAGCUCCAGACUACUAACAAUGACUUGUCUACUGCUAAAGACGUGCUACAAAAACAACACGAUUCAGUGUUCAAACGCAAAAAUGAGGUACAGGCCAGUUAUGAAUCAGUGACCAAAGAGAGGGACAAUUUACAGAACAAAUUCAAUAAUGCAACCAGAUCAAGAGAGCAACUACAGUUGAAGUUCAAUGAAAUGAUUAAUAAAGUUGAGCAUUUGCACGACAAGUACAACUUCUCCAACAGUGAGAAAGAGAAGAUAGAAAGCAGUCACCAAAAUCUAACAAUAUCCAAAGAAACGCUGCAGGCCACCUACGACGUGCUUGCGAAAGCCACAGAUGAGUUGCGGACUAAUUACAAGUCCUUGGUAAAGGAAAGGGAUGAGCUUGAAAACACUUUCAAAAAUGCCACUGUGGAGAAAGACCUGUUGAAGGUGAAAAAUGACAACCUGACUACUGAGAGGGACGUGUUGCAGGUGGAGGUUGAUAGACUAAGUGCAGCAGUUCCAGCUAGCAACUGCCCCUCUGGUUGGACGAGAUUUCAGAGCAGCUGCUACUUCACCUCUGUUGAAAAGAUUAGCUGGCGUCUGGCCAGGGAAAACUGUCAAACCAAAGGCGCAGAUCUGGCAAUAAUAAAAAGCACAGAGGAAAUGACCUUUGUGAAUGGCUUAUAUUCAACUGAUAAGGAAGUCUGGAUUGGUUUGACGGAUGCAGGAGUAGAAGGGCAGUGGAAAUGGGUUGAUGGGACACCGUUGACCACUCCGUUCUGGGGUAAAGACCAGCCCAACAGCUUUGACGGUCGGAACCAAGACUGUGUGGAGUUCUGGCACCGUGCAACUGGGAACGGCGACUGGAAUGAUGAGAACUGUAAUUUGGAACAAAAUUUCAUCUGUGAGAAGUAGUUUGCCUGCACAGAAAGACAUAUAUAGAUAUAGAUAUAGAUAUGGCUAGUACUGAUAAUAAUAAUAUAAUUUGUGUGUAGCAUAUAACAAAAAUGUAAAGACUGUAAAUUGGAGAUAAUGGUUCUAUAUGAAUAUUAUGUGACCAAUUUACAGAGACUGACACAAAGCAGCUACAGUAAGAGCUAUAACCGGAAAUGGUAUAUAUUUUUAUGAUUUUUGUAUUAUAAAGUUACAUUUAGGACCUAUCGCCUUUCUUGUGCUAGCGCAGAAAGUCAUUGUAUUGUGGCUUAGCGGGAUUGAUACUCUCAUAUACAUCUGCAAAAUGCUUUAAAGUGAUCAUAUUAGUGGUUUAGUUCAUUUACGGAGUUUCAGCUUGCUUUAAAAUGUGUCCUGAGCCACCAGGUCCUGGUCAGCCAACAGCCUAAAGAAAGACAAACGUGGUGAAAGUCAAAUAUUUUCAGUCAAUAGGUGAAUAGUUGUUUUGCUUAUAUUAUAUAUCGUAUUAACAUUUUUUGUACAUGUUGAUUAAUGUAAACACAUACAAUAAUUGAUUUUAAAUGAGAGAAUCCAGCUUGAGCCACCACUCUAAUAAGUUAAUCUUCAUGCAAACACUUAAUUUGAUUGUGUAUGACAUUUAGGGACAACAAAACAUAUAUAACUUCAUUAAUCUGUAGUGUAGUGAAUAUGAUCCAAGUAAUGUGAUAUGGAAGUAUUUGUCUGUAUGUAUGGAAGCCUAUAGUGGACUUUAUUAAAAUGGCAAUGUUAUAUUGUGAAAACAAGAA